CUCCGAGGACAUUUAGCCAAAAUCUACGCCAUGCACUGGGCCACAGAUUCCAGGUUACUAGUUAGUGCCUCACAAGAUGGCAAACUCAUCAUUUGGGACAGCUACACCACAAACAAGUGACACCUAAUGGUGUGGAUGCUGCAUCAUUCAAAAUCAAUAGUUUUCAGUUAAAGAUGCCAUUGUAGAAAUUCAUUAUUUCACUAUUUCAUUCACUACUUCAAACCGGCUUGUGCCGGCAUGGGAGGCGGGCAUGCUAACGAGGAGGCUAAAGGAUACAGCCUAUCAUCAGUCACUAGUGUGUCUCUUGAGGCCAGGGGAGUGAGGUUUACACACUGCACAGCUAUCACGUACCAGCUGACUCCCGUUACAUUUAAAUACUUUCUCCUAUUCCAGUUUAAGAUGCAGUGACAACUGUAAGCAAGCUGUUUGUAGGUUAUUUUUCUUAAACUAUAAAAACUGUCUCUGUGGUGAUAGAAAAAUUCCUGUUUAUUGUGAGUGACCCAUUGAGCUUCACACAACAUUGACUCAACCAAUGGCGGGAGUUGGGGGCGGGACUAUUUGUUUGUUUGAUUUAAAGAUGGGGCGUAGUCGAAAGGCUGUUUGAAAACAAUGUUUAUUUUUGCAAUUCUGUUCCAGAAGUGGUACAGAAAUGACAAAUUUCAGCUAUGUCAAUAUAAAGUAAAUUUUGCCUCAUCCAAAAAUGAAAAUUAUGUAAUCUACUCAUAUAUAUAUAUAUAUAUAUUUAGUAUAAAUAGAAAAAGAAUGUCAAAGCUGCUCUGGUUCUUUCCAGAUUCACGCCAUUCCCUUACGAUCAUCAUGGGUGAUGACUUGUGCCUACGCUCCCUCAGGGAACUAUGUAGCCUGUGGAGGCCUGGACAACAUCUGCUCCAUAUACAGCCUUAAAACCCGUGAGGGCAACGUCAGAGUCACCAGAGAACUACCUGGACACACAGGUUAUUUGUCAUGUUGUCGCUUUCUUGACGAUAGCCAGAUAGUCACCAGCUCUGGAGAUACCACAUGUGCUCUGUGGGAUAUUGAGACUGGUCAGCAGACAACCACAUUCACAGGGCAUAGCGGAGACGUGAUGAGCCUGUCCCUCAGUCCAGACACCAGGACCUUCGUGUCGGGUGCCUGCGACGCAUCCUCCAAACUUUGGGACAUCCGAGACGGAAUGUGCAGACAGUCUUUCACCGGUCAUGUGUCUGAUAUAAACGCUGUCUGUUUCUUUCCUAACGGUAAUGCCUUCACAACGGGAUCUGAUGACGCCACGUGUCGGCUGUUUGACCUUCGUGCGGACCAGGAACUGAUGAUGUACUCGCAUGACAACAUCAUAUGUGGCAUCACCUCCGUGGCCUUCUCAAAGAGUGGCCGCCUGCUACUCGCUGGCUACGAUGACUUCAACUGCAAUGUGUGGGACACGCUAAAGGGAGAGCGUGCAGGUGUUCUAGCUGGGCAUGACAACAGGGUCAGCUGUUUGGGGGUGACCAGUGAUGGCAUGGCUGUAGCCACUGGUUCUUGGGACAGCUUCCUCAGGAUAUGGAACUGACUGGACGGGACUCCGGGGAGCCAUUCUUUCCAAUCACAGCCAAUGUAGUGCACCUCUGCCACACCGGACCCCUCCUUUCCACUCUUCCUCCAUACAGAUGACCUGGUUUUCUUCUCCUUAGACCACACUAUCCCUCCAUCCAGCAGUCAGUCAAAGACAUGAGGACCAGCAGUGAAGACCCUCCACUUGCUUCUCUCUCUCUCUCUGUCUCUAGGGCUUCAUGUCUGACUCUAGAGGUGGGGCACAGACUGUGUUGUAUAUAUCUGCCAUUCUUUGUGCUUUUACGUGUAACAUAUGCACUUCUGUGUUUGGAUGUUCUGGUGUGUGGAUACUCGUGGUGGGUGUCUUGACUGUCCCUGUUUUUUUUUUUUUUUUUUUUUUUUUAUACCCAAUCACAGUGAUAUUUGCCAUACCCAAAGGCCAAUCAAUGUCAUGAACAGAAGGAUGAGUUGAGUAGUGAAGAUGAGGCUGACCUGCUCUUGCACAGUAUUGUUGCAUUAGUGUUUGACCUUUAAGGGAUCAUUCACCUAGAAAUUUAAAAUUCUGUCAUUUACUCACCCUCAUAUCAUUCCAAAACCUAAAUGGAACAUAAAAUAUAGAUAUAAAGAAGAAUGUUAACUUCGGUCACCAUUCACUCUAAUUGCAUCUUUUUUCCAUACAUUGAAAGUGAAUGGUGACUGAGGCUAAAAUUCUGCCUAACAUCUCCUUUUGUGUUCCAUGGAAGAAAGUCUUGUGGUUAGGAACAACAUGAGGAUGGGUUAAAGACAGAAUUGUAAUUUUUGGGUAACCUAUCCCUUUAAGUGUACUUUAACUGCAUUGGCUGUGUUAGUUUGUUCCAUAAUAAAUGGUGCAGUCUCAGGUUGGUAGUGUAACUAAGCCUGUAUUUGCUGUCCUCUAAGCCCGACAACAGUGUUUGACUUAUUUCAGUGUGUUAAGACUGUAUUACUAAGUGCAGAGAAGGAUUUACCAGCAGCCUGUCUGUCCCAUCUGUCUUCAGAAGGUUCCACCAUUGUGAUCUGUCUUUACUGUCAAUAGAUGUGGUCUCAAAUUUGCUGCUUUCCAUAUUGAUCCAGCUGAACAUACUGCAUGUAUUACACAUUUAUGGUUAAGGUUCGGUUCAGCAUUUUGUUUGAAUCCAAAAACCAAGCACGGCCUUGAUGCUCUGUGGCACUUUGCCAUUGGUGAGCAGGCAGGAGGUGCCACCUAAUAAGUAACAAGAGGCCUUGGCCACUGCCAUUCUGACUUACAGCAUUGUUUGCCUUCCUACACAUACUCUGAAAACCUGCCCUUUUGAGAUGAGGAUGUAGCUAGGACUGUAUGCUUAUGCACUAGAAGAUAGUCAUGUAACACGGCACGCACUGAUGUUUCUGCACAUAUUUGAAUUAAUGUAGUACUUCAGCUCUGUGGCAAGAAAGCUAAAAAAAACAACAAAAAAAACAAACAGUCAUGGUUUUAUAAGACAAGCUAUACUGUGCGUGUCUUUUCCACAAAUGUAAGUUUUGAAGGUAUAGAUCCCUUUGCCUGUGUAAGACUAAAAAAAAUAACA